AUGGUUUCCCUUGAGAUUCCUGCCGAGUAUGGCUACGUCCUCCUCGCCGCAACCUCCACCUUCUUCGUCGGCUCCUGGCUCGGCGGCCGCGUAACCUCCUUCCGCAAAGCCGCCAAGGUCCCGUAUCCCUACGAAUACGCCUCCUACGAGCAAGUCCAGACCGCAUCUCCUCCCGCCUCGAAAGCAAUGCUGCAGUUCAACUGCGCCCAACGCGCGCACCAGAACUUCAACGAGAACCACGUGUCCGCGCUCGGCGCGAUGCUCAUCGCGGGAUUGAAAUAUCCGAUGGCGGCGGCAGUGCUGGGAGGUGUGUGGAGCGUGAACAGGGUGGUGUAUGCGAUCGGAUAUACGAAUGGCGCCGAGGGCGGGAAGGGAAGGUAUUAUGGUGUGCUGUGGAUGUUGGCGCAUUAUGUUAUGAUCGGUAUGGCUGGGAAGGCGGCCUGGGACUUGGCCAUGGCUUGA